CGAUGACAAUUUAGUACGUCGUCUGAUACGAAAUUCAAAAAGUGAUUUGAAAUAAAAAGAAAAAAAUAUAUAAUGUUGUAUCCAUCAAAAAAGUGGAAAAUUUUGUUAAUGUAGAAUUUAACCAAUGCCUAUUAAAUUGAGGUCGUUUUUAUUAAAAGUUUACCCGUAUACCUACGUUCGAGUUCGUAUUUAGUGUUUAUUGUAUUUAGUCCGUGUAUAAUUCUAAAGAUAAUUAAUUGUAUGUAUGAAAUGUCACAUUGAAUGAACCAUCAAUUGGAUCGAUACCCGUCUGCGUGGGCACACAUCGUCCUCUGUGCUGAUCUUACGUGGGCUAAGGAGCCUCCCGAUGAUUUCAAUGUAGCCAACCAGCGACUCUGGUCACAGCACUGCCGCGUGUCUCAAGUGCUUCAAGACAAUAUAGAAUCACAGAACUCACAAUCGAGUACAUGCGAGUCAUCAGAUGGCAAAAGAACAACAUCGAAUCAAACGGGACAAGAGAAUGGCAACCCGAAAAUCCAAAAAAAUGUAAAAGAUGUCAUACCAGAGUCGCGACUGGCACAAUUUUAUGGCAACUUUUAUUAUGACGAAGACAGAGAGAAAUGUUACACAAACCCUAACGAGCGACUUAAUCCCCGCACCUACAACGGAAACGGCUGCGAGAACUCUGAUUUGACUGAAUGCUGGAUGCUUCCCGAGGUGGAAUAUUGGUUUCGAAGAUUGAUCGAGGAAACCGAUCGAAGUGUAUCGAGACGUCGACGGAAUUACAGAAUGCCGCCGGAUGAGGAUUUCGAGCGCUGGGGCCCGACUGGCGUGAGGAACGCAGAUGAAGAAGCACUUGCCAGCAAAAUCAAAAGCGUCCGUUCUUUAUGGAUGCCUCAUAAUCGAUCGUCGCCGCGCUCACCCAGUCCCCCUCAAGUCUCGAGAAAGAUACGAGCCAGACGUCGCCAGCCGCGAAGGCUGACGACCUUGGCUUCACCACCUCAGUCAUUCUGUCGUGAUAUUCCAGCGCACCUUCUCUGUGAUCCCUCUUACAAGUUUCAGUUCGAUACUCCGAGACCGCAAGGCAUCGAAAGCCAACGGGCAAUGAGUCGACUUACGGCUAGCGUUCAGGCCGCCAUAAGAACUUCUACGUCAAGGGGUCUGUCAUACAGAGGUGCCAAUUUCAAUCGCUACACACCAAUGGGCCAAAGGUCGUCGCGUUGUCCUGAUAGAAGAUAUACAAUAUUUUGGCCUAAGGAUCAUGUCUCACCGAGACUACACCUUGCACAAACCAGUCACAACAACAAGGCUAAGAAAAAUCCAAGGAAAACAGACAAAAGGGAAUCGGAAAACGACUUCAAGGAUAUAAAAGAAGAUAUUUCCGAAACAAAAGAUAAUUCACAAUUGGAGGCAACAUCAACUUCACAGCAGAAAGAUAUUAUAACAGACGACCAGAUGCCUUCUACUAGUGCAGCAGUUAACCAAGCCGGCUUAAAAAAGAAACGCCUUUACAGUACAGUUCUAAGCACGAGUGCUCCUUCACCAAUUACCUUGUCUCCAGUUGUGAGACUAGCACAAAAGCUAGUCACACCGGGUAUUCUCAAGCUGAACCCGAAGAUAAUUCUGCCAUCUGCUAGGGUUAGGCAGCCGCAAUUGGAACAUAAGUUUGAAGAGCUCGAAAAGGAAGCUCUUGAACAGUACAAAGCUUCAGAUGAAAGCAUCGACACUAAAUUUCAGGAAUUGGAAAAGCAAGCUGUGGAACAGUAUAGCACGAGUGCCAGUAAUACAAGCUGUAGCAGCGGAAAUUCCGCUGAGAAACAAACGAAUGCGGAAAAGGAGACGAAAGGGAAGACCGCAAAAUUUCACAAACCAAUCGAAAGUAUUGUAGUUUAUUCGCAAAAUUUUCCGGACCUUUGCACGAGAAGCACUAGUAUUACAAAGUUAAAAAACUUCCAUAACCCCCCGAGGGGGGAUAAAAAGGAGCACAGGAGCAAAUCGUCACGACCGAAGACUGACAGUCAACGGGCAGCGUCAGACACGGACUACGAAGCUAGGGAGAUGAACUCAAAAAACCACAAAAGUUCCAUGAGGUGGUCCUUGCAUGCGGUCCCACCAAAAAAGCGACAUUUAACUUUUUGCGUUUCUGACUUUUCCUCUGACGAUGAGCUGGACGACACCUGUUCCAUUAAAGAUGCCGGCCCUCGUAUCAAAUCUCAUUUAGGGAAGAUAAAAAUUUCGGCGCAUGGUGGUGGGGACCUCCAUCCCAUAUUAAGGAAAAUAUAAAAUAAAGCAUCCGUUUUCAUAGACAAGAUUAUAUUCGUUUUCCCAUAAACCAAAGCCGAGAUUCGAUAUGUAUGUGCUUGCCAAUUUUUUUUGUGGGAGUGAUUUUACAGUGUCGCGUAUGUGCGUGUAGGAUCUGAAAGCAGACGUGUAUCGAACUGAGAGAUCGAUCGGAUUGAAUCGCGUUUCAUAGCCACAAAAGUGUGCCUAUUUUUACUAGUCAUAAACGUUUUAUUACUGUU